UAUCAUCUUUAUUUACUUGCAAUACGAAAAUUUUGGACGUUAAAAAAAAACAUCACUAGACGCACAAACAGAAAAUAACUAGACAAGAAGACAGUCAAACUUUGUUUUUUAAUGCCUUAAACUCUCUUUGGCUCUUUAUGAAAUAUUUCCCCUUAUUCUGGAUUGUUACUGUUUUUUUGUUAGGGAUUUGCGGCACUUAAUCGAAAUGUGCUCGAAACUAGCCUCUUCUUGUACUAAGCGUUAUUUUGCCAAAAUAAUUUAACUGAGACACUUGCAAAUAUCUUCUUAAAAAAAAAAUUGUAAACUGCUCAAUACAGUCUAGCCAAAGUCCCCCGCAAAGUUUUGUAAAUCAACUCAGAACAACCUUCGAUGAGAAGAGUUAAUAUAGACCACUACCACUACUAUUACAACAAGUAUCACAACUGUAUCUUUAACGCCUCGUUCACUUUGAUUUUCAACAUAAUAUCAUUCAAACAAUUCAAGCUGGCCAAUAACUUUUCAUUUGAAUAAUUAGCACAAUCUUUAAAAAAUAUUAAUAUGUAUUUUUCAUUCAAGUUGCCAAUCAGAACACAAUACACAGACGCCUGUCAGUCUAAGUACUUUUUUUUUACCAUAAACGCGUCACAUUUGAUGUGAAUCACGCUCCAUCUUGACAUGAAUCCCGAAAUAACCGUUCAACCGCAAACUUUCAUUUCGCGUUAAUAAAACAUGACAAGGGUAUGAGUGGGGAUUUUAAAGGUCAAAUGCUCUCCACCAUCAUUCUUAAACUUGUAAAUUUUUAAUUUAGUUUGAAAAGAAAGAAUUAGGGCUUUCUUGUGAGCAAAUAUAAUUAUGAACUUAAGGUGAUUCUUUUUUCCAUUUCCGCUUCUUAUUGCUCAUGACAAAUUACUCUUAAAUAAAUUCUGUAAUUUUUUUUCUUGAACUUACAAAAACAAAACCAGAGGUGGUAUUUUUAAUGGAAACUUUCACGACUUGGCCAAAUUUGUUUAUUUAUCCGUCUACGAAAGUUUUCAUUCCAAAUUUAGCCUUUCACCAAGAAGAAAACAACACACGUCAGAGUGUGGUCGCGGAACAUGAGAUAAGCUUGCCAGAGCGCAAUACUUUGAUGAAGCGGAGAGGAAGUCAGCAAGACUUAUGUUUGACCUGUUUCAAUUUGUUGUUCUCAUUGUCCACUAAUAUUGGUCCCUCCGCAUUUUAAUCCAUGCCUUUUGAUGUAUAUUGACAAACUGUGAAGUGUUUGUCAUAAAUCAUAACGUUGAAAAGACUUAUCUCCAUGAAACUGUAGAUAAACAUCCACGAUUUUGCAUCUCGUUUAUGAUCCGAUUACAAAAACCCUCGCGCCAGGAGACGAGGAAAUAAGAAGAGAAAGCUAUGGAGGAAUGCGAAAAUGGCACCUGUAAUGAAGGUUCUCUGUUGGCUGUUCCUUCUCCGGCAGUCGGCAUCAAGUCUCGUUCUUACUCCGACACUUCCAUCUUCAAACAUAUUCCUCAGAAACCACGCGGCAAUUCACAUAGCGCUGUCGAUGACAACAUCCAAAUUUCGCCUCCCCCGAUUUUUUCGUCGGAAAGUGGUCGCGACGAACCAGUUCUGAAUGAAAAUUCUACAUUGAAAUCGGCGAAGCGAAAGAUUUCGCGACCUCGUUCUCCAUUCACCUCCGAAAAGGCUUUUGAUCUUUUGUCCAAGCUUGCCAAGACAGACUUUGUCGCCAAAGUUACUUCAAGCAGUCCAAAAUUAAAUUCAAGACGAACGAAAUCGAAAAGUAGAGAAAAUGAAACGGUGUUUCUUGUGGAAAAUAUUCAGGAUGGCCAGGAUUCAGCGCUUAAGGAAGUCGUAACCGGAAUUCUACCGAUAAGCUACGAAGAUGAAAUCGUGCAAAAGCGGACGCAAAUCCUGAGAGAUCCACUACAGAUCUUGUUGGUGUUUCCCGAGGACGAUGUUGUGGCCUUUACUAUUCCUCGGCAACUGCGGACUAUACACCCUACAGUGCCAGGUGAUGCUCUCACCCAAGCAUCCAACUUAUUUACAAGAGAGUGUAUCAGAUUCUACACGGCAAACUGGAGCUGUAUUGAGAACAAGUAUUCAAGCUAUGGAGGAAGUUAUCUUAAACUUCCCAGGUAA